CUCCAGGAGCAUACUGAGUGUAGACAGACAAGACACAGCCUUCCUCUGAUCUGCUUUCAAGUUCAACAUUUUUGGAUCAAGAUGCAGUUGUUGCUCCUGUUGGUUCUAAGUGCCAGCCUUUGCUUUGCCAACUCCAGCAUCCACCAGCCCAGGAUCCAGACUCUAAUGGACAAUGCUGUGGUGGUACAGGUGCCACAUGCUCAUGGCAGCAUAGUGGAAGUUUCCCUGACCUGUGGAGACUCUUAUCAGGACGAUGAAGUGUUUUGGAAGAAAAAUGGGGAGGAAAUGACGCCAGCUCUGCAGGGAAACCAGAUCACCGUUUUGGUGAAAGAGAUGAAAGCAGGAAACUACUCCUGUCACCUCAGCUCUAGUGGAGAAUACCUGAACCACACGCUGAUCCUGGUCCAGCUGGAUCCAGACAACAGGACUGUCAUCCUGGAGGAGAAAUCCCCCGGACAAGGUCACAUCUAUUGCUCAGCACAGAAUUACAAAGGCUCUUUCCACUGCACCUGGAAGAAAACGCAUCACAGAUCCCACGCUGCUGUGCUCCUGGUUAAGGCGCACCGUAACACGGAUGAGAUUUCCUGUGUGCUGGAUGCUGAUGGGUCAGGGGUUCAGUGCCAGGAUGUCGACUGCCCUUACAAAGAGGAAACACACCAAAUCCAGUUCACCGUUUACAUGCACAGCUACUCUCGUCUGGAGGCCUACACAAAGUCAUUCUACCUGAGAGAGAUUGUGAGGCCAGAAAACCUCCCCAACCUGCACAUAAGUUGUGGCCAGGUGUUCAGCUGGGAUUACCCGGACACCUGGGAAAAGCCCCGCACCUACUUCAGCCUCCACUUCCAGGUCAAGGUCGUCCAGAACGGACAAUCCUGCCACACCGAAAAGAUCCUACUGGAGCCUAAAAUCACUGAAGAAACCAAGUUUGAAGUCAAUAUCAAAUCCAAGAAGUAUGUUUUCUGUGUGAGAGCUCAGGACAAAUUUACCCAGGGACCGUGGAGCCCCUGGAGUGAGUACACAGUGAACAAAAACAUCAUGAACUGCCAUUCCUAAAACGAAGCAAGUUGGGAAAAUGUGACAACUACUUUAAAACCAGAUUUUCAGUUUUUUAAGUCCUGCUAAAAGUGAAUGAAUGUAUACAUGUACAGUAUUUAUUCCUUUUUAUUUAAGUUACUUUUAUAAGUUUAGUGGRUGAAAACCUUUGUGAAUUACUAAAUUGAAUAUCGUUUCUUUUUUAAAACCAAUUUUCCAAAAUGUUUUUCUUUUAUAUUUCAUAAUAAAAUCCAGCAUCUCUA